CCAACAGUCUGUUAAAGCUCUACGGGGGAUCUGUGUUUGUUGUCUGGGUGCGUGCCAGCAUGUGUGUGUGACGUGUGUGGUCGUAUAAUAUCGAGUUGUGAUGUGCGGUUGGUUUGUUGGGUUGUGCCGUCUGUGUGCUUUCGUCCCGCUCGACCGCCUAUCUGCCUCUUCUACUCUUGUUUGUCCGCCCACCGUUGAGCGGCUAUUCCUGUGCGUGGCCCCGUAGCAUCACUCAUACCGUUCCUUCCUGGGCAUCACCUGCCUCAUGCAAAUCUCGACGCGCGAAGAGGACUUCAUUAUCGACACACUGAUGCUGCGCGACGACCUGCACAUCCUCAACGAGGCCUUCACCAACCCCAACAUUGUCAAGGUUUUCCACGGAGCGGACUCGGACAUUGAGUGGCUGCAACGUGACCUGGGCCUGUACGUGGUGGGCCUGUUCGACACGCACCCAGCGGCGCGCUCCCUCGGCCUCGCCAGAAACUCGCUCGCCCACCUCCUCAUGCACUACUGCAGCCUGUCUACCGACAAGCAGUACCAGCUGGCUGACUGGCGCAUCCGGCCUCUCCUGCCAGACAUGCUGCACUAUGCGCGUGCCGACACGCACUACCUGCUGUACGUGUACGACCGCGUCCGCGCCGACCUGCUCACCAAGGCGCUGGGCCGACCCAACCUCCUGCAGCUUGUGUGGGACCAGAGCCGAACUGUGGCACUCAAGCGCUACCACAAGCCGGUGUUCACCGAGGACUCCUACCUGGAGCUGCUGCACAAGCACAAACAGCCACUGGAUGUGCAGCAGAGCAGCGCCGCCCGGCUCCUGUACGCCUGGCGCGACCGCACGGCACGCGCCGAGGACGAGAGCACGGGAUAAGUCCUCCCAAACCAUAUGCUCAUGAAGAUCGCAGAGGAGAUGCCUCGGUAAGCCGCGCACGGUGGUGGUGGGGCCGGUGGUGGCAGGGACAGUUGGGAUGGUGGUGCGAGUGAUACCCAUGAUGGUAUUGACAGUGGUGGUAAUAUUCGCCCUCCAACAACAACGAAGGUCAGAAGAGCGAUGCUCACAAUAAAGAGCGGAGUGCCGGGCGGCUAAAAUGCAGCAAGUUGGCACAGUCGCGUGCACAGCUGGUGCAUCUGCCCCAGUCAUUGCAGUCAGUCAACCCAUGGGACCUGGCUCUGUUCCGUGAGCUCCUGUUAGCGAGCCUUCGACAUUGCACGUGGAUUCGGAGUGCACCUGGCCUGAGACAACCGCCGUGGUGAUGUCACCAACACUUAUUGGCAUAUGGCGCCUGUUCUUGUUGUUGGUAAUAGUGGUGGUGGCUGAUGAUUGUGCUGUUAGUAGUGAGAGUGGUAGUGAUAGUGUUGAUGGUGGUGCCACUCAUAAUGUUUUGAUGUGGAUGGUGAUCUGGAUGCUGGUGAUGAUAUGGAUAUGGUGAUAGUAUGAUGGUGAUGAUGAAGGUUGCAUUGUGGUAAUAGCAUUGGUUAGUAUGAUCCUGAUAAUGACCAGGCUAUAUAUACGUACGCCAGACAAGACAGGCUUUACGUACGUAUGCCAGCCUGAACACAAUAUACAUACGUACGCCAGGAUGAACAGUCUAUACAUACUCAUUGUUUUUUUCGGUAAAGUCACGUAUGUAGAAAUACAAUAAAAUUA